AAAAAUUUUAAUUAUACGAACAGCAACACACUCAAUAUAAAAAUUAAUAACAAUAAUUAGCAUUAAACGGUUAACAAUAUAAAAUACAAGAAAUUCAGCAAAUUUGAUAAUUCAUUUGCAUUACCAAAUAACAAAGAAACCAAACAAUUUACGCCAUUGUGAUUCUUAAUUUUAGACAAUUAUGCGAACAAACGCAAAUAAGGCUUAAACCAAACCAAACCAAACCAAACCAAAACAAAAAAUGAAAAUGCAUCUAAAAAUAAAGCUUUAAGUAAAGGUAACAAAAAAACAAAAGCCAACAAACACACGACAAGAAGAGCUGAAAGAAGAGCAACUGAACGCAGCAGCAACCACAAAUCGAGCCAUAAACGACCAAAAGCCGCAAAAGUUGAGAAGAAAUAACAAAGAAAAUACGAAAUUACAUACAUACAUACUAUAUAGUAGGCAACAAGCACAACCCAAGCCAAGCCAAAUAAAAUCAAACAAAAAUCCAAAAACCAAACAAAAUAAAUAAUUUAAUAAAUAAACAAACAACAAGCAGAACGCAACGCCAGCCGCCCAAGAAGAAAAAGAACAGAAAAAUUUAUGAAUUACAUUACAUUAGAACACAGAGAGCAACAAAAACCGCAAUAAAUUCUUAGUUCAAGUCCAUCCAGAAGAAGAAAAAUACAAUUUUAAUGAACCGCCUAAACGUAUGCAACACAAAUUUUUUGGUCAGCGCAACCGAAAUUUUCGAAUGAAGCUAACGUUGCUGUUUCCCUUUACGUUUACGUUUACGUUUACGUUGCCACUGCUCCCUCUGAGCAACUGAUUGUGUUCUGUACUCUGUACUCUGCGCGUAAACUCUGCACAACUCUUCAAUUCAACAUUUGAAAACGUGAAACGCUAUAACUAGAGAUUAACCAAUACAAAGCAAACAACAAACCCUAUGCAAUUAACAUCGGACGAUCGAAUCGGUCAGUUUUAUAAGCAACUCGUUCGUUUUGGAUAAGCUGCCACUGCCAGUGCCACUGCGACGCCCAAGCUGCCAAGAUGACGAUGUGGCAGAGUGGCGGCAUGGGAGGCCAUGGCUCCCAAAACAAUCCAUGGAUGAAACUGAUGGGCAUCGUGCACAAGGAGCGUCGCCACACGGACAACGUGCAGAGCCAGAGCGGUUCCAACGAGCGCAACUUGAAUCAGUCUUUGCCCAAAUUGAGCAGUCAAGACGAAGAAGGGGGGGCUGGUCAUGGCUUUGGUGGCGGACCACAACACUUUGAACCCAUUCCUCACGAUCAUGAUUUCUGCGAGAGAGUCGUUAUAAAUGUAAGCGGGUUAAGGUUUGAGACACAACUACGUACGCUAAAUCAAUUCCCGGACACACUGCUUGGGGAUCCAGCUCGGAGAUUACGGUACUUUGACCCGCUUAGAAAUGAAUAUUUUUUUGACCGUAGUCGUCCGAGCUUCGAUGCGAUUUUAUACUAUUAUCAGAGUGGUGGCCGACUACGGAGACCGGUCAAUGUCCCUUUAGACGUAUUUAGUGAAGAAAUAAAAUUUUAUGAAUUAGGUGAUCAAGCAAUUAAUAAAUUCAGAGAGGAUGAAGGCUUUAUUAAAGAGGAAGAAAGACCAUUACCGGAUAAUGAGAAACAAAGAAAAGUCUGGCUGCUCUUUGAGUACCCAGAGAGCUCGCAAGCCGCCAGAGUUGUAGCCAUAAUUAGUGUAUUUGUUAUAUUGCUAUCAAUUGUUAUAUUUUGUCUAGAAACAUUACCCGAAUUUAAGCAUUACAAGGUGUUCAAUACAACAACAAAUGGCACAAAAAUCGAGGAAGACGAGGUGCCUGACAUCACAGAUCCUUUCUUCCUUAUAGAAACGUUAUGUAUUAUUUGGUUUACAUUUGAACUAACUGUCAGGUUCCUCGCAUGUCCGAACAAAUUAAAUUUCUGCAGGGAUGUCAUGAAUGUUAUCGACAUAAUCGCCAUCAUUCCGUACUUUAUAACACUAGCGACUGUCGUUGCCGAAGAGGAGGAUACGUUAAAUCUUCCAAAAGCGCCAGUCAGUCCACAGGACAAGUCAUCGAAUCAGGCUAUGUCCUUGGCAAUAUUACGAGUGAUACGAUUAGUUCGAGUAUUUCGAAUAUUUAAGUUAUCUAGGCAUUCGAAGGGUUUACAAAUAUUAGGACGAACUCUGAAAGCCUCAAUGCGGGAAUUAGGUUUACUUAUAUUUUUCUUAUUUAUAGGCGUCGUACUCUUCUCAUCAGCGGUUUAUUUUGCGGAAGCUGGAAGCGAAAAUUCCUUCUUCAAGUCCAUACCCGAUGCAUUUUGGUGGGCUGUGGUCACCAUGACCACCGUUGGAUAUGGUGACAUGACACCCGUCGGCGUUUGGGGCAAAAUUGUGGGAUCAUUGUGUGCGAUUGCUGGUGUGCUGACAAUCGCACUGCCGGUACCGGUUAUCGUCAGUAAUUUCAAUUACUUCUAUCACCGCGAAACGGAUCAGGAGGAGAUGCAGAGCCAAAACUUUAAUCAUGUUACUAGUUGUCCAUAUUUGCCAGGUACAUUAGUAGGUCAACACUUGAAGAAAUCAUCGUUGUCUGAGUCCUCAUCGGAUAUGAUGGAUUUGGAUGAUGGUGUUGAAUCGACGCCGGGAUUAACUGACACGCAUCCUGGACGUAGUGCAGCAGCUCCAUUUUUAGGAGCGUCACAGGCGCAGCUGCAACCGCCGCAGGCAACGCAGCAGCAGCAGCAGCAGCAACAACAACAACAGCAGCAGCAGCAGCAGCUUCUGCAGCAGCAGCUACAACAGCAGCAGCAGCAGCAACAGUUGCAAUUGCAGCAACAAAAUGGCUUCAAGCAACAACAGUCAACAAUAAGCGUCAGUGCGGCAACCGGCAGCGCUGGCAGCAGCCUCACAAUGAGGCACAACAAUGCGCUGGCUGUUAGCAUCGAGACCGACGUUUGACUACUGGUAAAAAAGAUGUUAAGUGGUAUAAUAUUGGCCUUGUCAAGUGUUACGUUGGAUGCCAGAAACGACUACAAAAGCUGUUUAAGUUUAAUUUAAGUAGAACAAAUAACAAACAAAUUUAAUCUAUUGCUAAAUUUAAUUAAAUUUAAUUAAUACUUAAAAAUUAAUAACAACACAAAAUUACAGAAAAAUACAAAAAAAAAAAAAAAUCAACAAAGAAAAAAGAAUGAAAGAAGGAGGUAAACGUAAAUAAUACAUUUAAAAUAUAUAAUUUAAAUAAUUUAAUGCGUAAAGUAAACAAUUAACUAAAUUUAACAUUACAAAAUGAAUAACAACAUCGAAUAAAUGAAAGGAAAACAAAUCCCAAAAUUAACUGAAUAUAAUAAUAAUAAAAAUUGAUAAUAUGCCAUUAUUAUAAUUAUUAUUAUACAUAAACGAAUGCAAGCCGAUGAAACCCUUAAUCACACAUUUUAAAUUCAAUUGAAUCACACACAACCCAGAAUCUUCACCCAUGAAAAUGCAGUUAACGAGUCAAGCAAAAGUUCAAGUGCAUAGAAUUAGGCAAAAUAUCCGUUUACCACAAUCAAACACACACACACACACAAAUGCACAGCAUAUGCAAAGAAGCCUUAACUCAAAAAUAUAUUCGCAGUCUUGCUCAAUAGAUCACUUAACGAUUGCACAGUGGUGCAAUCACUUUGACCUAAGGCCAAAAUCAAAACUAAUUAGUAAAUACAUAUUUCUAUGAAAUGCAAACAUUUUGUCUCUCCAAUGUCCACUCUUCUUAUUUGCAAACCGGUUUUCGCUAACGGGAAAUCUAACGGGACUUUCUAAAAAUAGAACUGAAAGCAUGAACACGUGUUCACUUGUGAAGCGUUGUCGAUUGUUAAAUUGAAUGAAUACCUUUACAGUGUUGUUUUUCCGUUAUCCGAAACUCUCCAAAGUCGACCAUCAAUUCUCUCCAUCUGCAAGGCUAUAAUUGUCUCCAAAAAGUUAUUUGGGCCUGCGUCCAGCUCAACUCUACUAAAAAAUACACAUUCUGUACGAAGCAUUUUACACACUCACUCAUACUCAUACACAAAACAGAGAGAGAGAGAGAGAGAGAGAGAGAGAGAGAGAGAGAGAGAUAGAGAAAAGUAUUCAAAAGAAGCAUAGUAAAAAAAAACUGCCGUAAUAUUAAUAAAUACAAUUUGUAUAGUAUUUAACAAUGAAAAUAAUUGAUAUAGCAAAUAUGUAUAUGCUUUUUAACUAUGACAGAUGAAAUACUCACUCAGCAUAGCCACAAUAAUACUCUAAUACACAUCACAUACGAGUCACUAUAGAGGGACACAACACUGUAGCCAAUCGAUAGACUUGAACCGAUGAUCUCCUGCUAGGCAUUGUUCAAACUCUUACGAAUUUCCGCACAGACAAAAGAACUCGCUUCAAAUUAUUAAAAACAACCCACCCAACUGCCCAAAUACCUAACUAAACACACCCACACAUAAUGAGAAACUGUAUAAAAUAAUAAUAAAAAAAAAAAAAAAACAGAACAAAAACAAAAACAAAAGAGAGGAACCUGCUAACUUUCUGCUUAAAUCUCCCCCCGAAUAAAAACGAAAUAAAAAGUACAAAUAUUCAUAAAACACAAGAUAAAAAUAAAAAAAACAGGAAAAUGCAACUAAAACCAAAGCAAAAAUCACAACAAAUUAUUUUAAAGACAACAAUAUGAAGAACUUCAACAACAAAAAUAAAUAUAAUUAAAUAAUUCUUAAAUAAAACGACUGCAAUUAAAUGAAACUAAUACUAACUUAAAGUCACAGAUAAUUUUGAGAUAAAUACAAAACAAGGCAAAUCAAAUAUUUAUAAAAAAAAACCUAAAAAAAAAAAAUCCACAAAAAUUAAGAAAAUUAUUAUGAGGAAUCAGAGGAAAAGAAAGCUGAAGGAGGGAAGCAACAAAAACAAAACAAAAAUGAAAGAUAGAAAACGCUCUUAUGAUUUUAUAAAAUAAAGCAUAAUAAUACUUAUGUAUGAGAUAUGAGAUAUGAGAUGUACAUAUGUACACGCGAGUGUGUGUGUGUAUGUACAUAUAUGUGUGAGUGUAGAGCUGAUAUCAAUGUGGAGGAGAGCUCUAUAAAUAACCAGAUGGAGGCGUAUUUGAACCCAAACAAUACACUAAUGUUGCUUGCCGCAGGAAUAGCCCCAGGGAUGAUAUUCUGUUCUGCAUAGUUCAAAUACUUUCUGCCGAAUAUGUAUGUAUGUGUGCGUGCAUGUGUGUGUGUGUGUGUGACUGUUGACAUUGUGACACGCCUCCCCACACACUCCCUAGCUACAUGAAAUUUCGGAUGCCGUCUACCAGAAACCAAAGAAUAACUACGAAUACGAAUACGAAGACGAAAAAAAGAAAACAGAAAACAGAAAACAAGUCGACUGAAACUAUGCAAAUACGCUUUUGCAUGGCUGUAUUUAUAAAUAAAUAUCAACAAAUACCCACAAAAACAAAAAAAAAAAUAAAUUUAUAUAUAUACAUACUUACAAAUAGCUGUAUACAAUGACAGAUAGUAUUUGCAAUAUAUGUGUAUGUAGAAAGCAAACUGAUUAAAAAUAAUCAUAAAUAAACAUUAUUAUUGAUUAUAAUAAUUUAUGUACUCAAUGUUCGGUCUGCCGAAUGUCGAAUACCUUUCUAGAGGAAAACUUUGUGAUCGUUGCCAGGAAAGAAAUCGAUUAUGAAAUGAAAUCGGUGAACUAUACAUACCAUAAAUCCGAUAGAGUCAUGCCUUUUUAAUAGCCUGCUAUCUGUGGAACAAUGUAGAGCGAGCGAUAUUAAUGGGUAUAGCGAUGAGAUGAUAAUAUCCUCUGCAAGGGUAGAUAAUAAGACACAUUGAAAAUGAUUAUGUGUUGAGCGAUGAGGGUAAGAUGUAGAAGCAUUCAAGCGUAAAUAUUAAAGCUUUGAAAACCGUCCACACACAUACACAUACACAUACACGAAGACGACAAAGAGUCACACACACACAUACACAUACAUAGGAACACACACAUGUCAAAUACCAUGAAAUAAUGUAUACAGACGAAUGAGCAGCAGCCUCCGCUCCCGCCUCCCGCCUCCCCCGUCACUGCCCUAACACGCAGCUGCAAGGCAAUGUCAACACACCCAAACACCCUCACACACACACAUACAUGUAUAUUUUGGCAUAUUUGUAUGAGCUUCUUAAGAAUGCUGAAUGUUUUGGAGACAAGAAACAAAAAACGAAAAACUCAAACGAAAACGAAAUAAGAGAAGCGAGAGCAAAGCAAAGCAAAGAAUCAGCGAUAAGUAUUAAAAGAGAUAGGGAGAGAUAGAAAGAGAUAGAAAGAGAUAGAAAGAGAGCCAGAAAGAGAGACAAAAAGAAGGAUAGAGAGAGAGAGAGAGAGAGAGUAAAAAAGUGCAAGUGCAAGUGCAAGUGCCUUAAGGAACCCAACACAUACUCGUCAUGCGCCGGGUCGUGCCCUUCUCUGCGCAUCUCACUGAGACUAGAUGCCAACUGAGCUCUUGGUUGGAAGACGGCAAGCAACCGAUAUUGGUAAUAUGCAUUAAUAACUACUAUCUGAGUAAAGUAACUAUGACUAAAAGAAGAUAAAGGAGAAGAAGAAAAACACUUGACUACAACUUCAACUGCGCUACAGUAAACGCUCGCUAAUACUCCCCGAUCGAAGCACGACAGAUACAUAUGUUAGAUAGACACAUACGGCAUAGUAGUUAGCAAGGGAGCUGGAAAGUAGAUUCAUAUCAAGCAAACAAAAUAUAAUGCAAAGAUUCUGUAGAAUUAGACACGCAGGUGCAUAUCAACUGGGUCAGUCAGGCUUCACUGUAGCGUACCUAUUACUCUGCUGUAAAUACACUUAAAGCACUUUCAACUUUCGAUGCAACAGCAAAUUAGGUGAAUAGUUAAUUGGUAUUUUGUACAAACAAAUGGGAAAUAAACAAAUCGAUAAACAACUAAAAAUCAAUAAUACAAUUUAAACCGAAAAUAAAUAAAUAAAUAACACACAUCAUAAACGAAAUAUUAAAAAAGCAAAUAGAAUUAUCAUCUAAUGUACUAUAUAUGUUAUAUAUAAUAUUGUAUUGUAUCUAGUCAUACCAAAGUCCUGUAUCUAUAAAAUAGAACUAAAUGCAACCAAAGCAAAAACAACCUCCAGACAUUUUAAGGCAAAACACCAACAAAAAAAAAAACAAAAAAAAAAAAAACAAAUUCAAACAUUUUUAUUAUUUACAUAUAAAGAAAAGAAUUCGCUUAUUUAAACUUAAGUUUUAUGAUUUAGCGUGAAGGAUUCUAGCAUAAGGUAAAAACAAAAAACAAAAAGAAAGCAAAAUGGACUCGUUCGAGUUUCGAGAUUAAAAUAAGGUUGUUUUUUUUUUAUAGGCAUUAAACUAGGCAAUUGACUAAAUGAAAAGUGACAGCUAGCAUGAAUAACAACUUACUUAUUGUGUAUAGAUCGAAGUACGAAAAUGUCGUGGAUUCAUAGCGGGCAUUAAGUUAUUCAUUUUGGACCCAUUAAACAACAAUAUUCGUUAUUCAAGAGCAAGAGCAAGAACAAGACGAGCCAUUUCAAUUGACUACUCUUAACACUAGCAAAGAAUACCGAAAAAAUACCAAAAAUACAAAUAUUAAGAAAAUUUGGAAUAAAUGUGUUCAGCGACAAAAUGUUAUUAUAUGUUUAAAUGAAUAAAAUUAAAAACCCCAAAUUGAAUGGAAAUUAGAAAGGUAGAGAUAGCGAUAGUACGAUAGCAAGAUGAAAUGAAACAACACAAAAAUUUAAUUUAAUUAAAUUUAAUUAAGUACAUUAAUAAAAUUCUAAACAAUUCAAAAUUGUAUAUAAGUACAUGUAAUGAAUGGUAAACUACAAAUCCAGGCUUACCCUCCCAAACAAAUAUAUCAAUAAUAUCACAUUGUAUAUUUCAAAAACAAAAAAAAAAACAUAAAAAAAGAAAAUCACAAAAAAAAAACAAAUAGCUCAUAAACCAAAAAGAAAAAAAAAUUAAAAAGUAAACCAAAAAAAAAAAAAAUGAAAAAUUGAAAUUGAAACUCAUAAGAACAACAACCAAGAAAAGAAAACCCAAAAGCUGAUCAUUGAAAUAAAAAAACACGCUAUGAAAAUAUGCGGAAAAAAUGAAAAUCACAUGAAUUUUUUUGUAUUUUAGAUUGAGAACCAAAAAAAAAAAAAAAAAAAAAAACAAUACAAAAGUCAACAUACUUUUGCCGUAUAUAGAAAACUGUGUAACAGUUGCAAUCCGACCUGUAAAUAUGUAAUUGUAAUUGGUUUUUGUAUGUGUGCAGAGAACUUUCUUCGUACUUAGCCAUUUGUACAAUUUGUUGUAGUCUAAACUGAAUCCUUAGUUUUAUUAUCCAACAAGUAAACUACGCUCAAAUCGAACACGACACAUGAAACACAAACACUAAAACACAAACAUUAAAAACGAUUGUAUAUAAUCGCAAUUCUUUCCAACUUACCUGAACUCAAGCUUCGGCUAUUCUCUAUACGUACGUUUUAUGUUUUUAAAUGAUAUCAUAGUGCAACGCAUAUAGUACAGCUAAUUAUUAACUUAAAAUACUACAAAUCACUUAGUCUCUAUACUAGUAAGUAUUGCCUACGAAAGUCCACUUCCAAGUACUAUCGUGUACUUUCAAAGUUCAUUUGCAAGCUCUCAAGAAGCUUGCAAGCUCAUUGCAGGCACUCAUUUUCGAGCUUUCAGCUUCCAUGCAUUUCACAACCGAAGAUUGAGUGAAAUGACUGUAGUAUAUGUGUGUGUUUUUUUGGUAGGUCAAAGAUCCGCGCACUGUAGAACCAAGAAAACAUUUCUAGGCACCAGCUGAGACACAUACUCUACUAUACAUAUACUAUACAAUGUAUGUAGUAUAUGUUAUACAUAGACACUUACACACACCAACACACAACAGCGAACUAGAUGCAAUUAGAGCUAAAAGCAUUUCAUUGGUUUUCAUAUUAGUAUUUCGUUUAGAACUAUGUAUUUAUCCACAAACAAAAAACAAAAAUCUUUUUAUGCUUGACCUACGAGUACUUCGGAUACUCAGCUGCCUGCAUUUAAAGAGCUAUUCGAAAGACGAGACUACUUAUCAAAAUAAUAAAAAAAAAAAAAAAAAAAAACAA